AUGUCGUUGCUCCGAGGAGUGCGUCUCAAUCUAAUCGUUCUUGCAUCAUUCGUCCUCUUCGUCUACUUCCACCAGCGUGCUGCUACGAUGUUGCCACAGAUUGACUGCCCAUCUAAAUUAGCUGAAGUACAAAAGCCGAUGGCGUAUCCAAACUCCGGCUCACUAAAGCUUGAAUGUCCACAUCCUACUGUGGAAGAUGUUCCUCUUAUCAGCGGCCAUGACUCCUCGGAGCGAAAGUUCAUGAAUGAUCUGCGCGAACAAGGAAUCGUAGUGUUACUGAGGACGGGUACGCAAGAAGUUCAGCAGUUGGCCAUACAUUUAGGAACCAUGCUACGAUAUUUCCGAGAAAGGAAUAUAAUGUUCUUCUCCGACUCGCAAAGUACCAUCGGACCAUUUACAAUUCAUGACACAUUAAAAUCGGUUGAUCAGAAGAUUCGCGAGACCAACACAGACUUCAAAAUAUAUCGCGAUAUUCAUCGCUACCAAAUUGCCGGGCAAAAUAUUACGGAACUAAAAGAGGAGAAGGGAAAAGGAGAUGGGAGAUGGGAGAUAGGGAUGGAUGAUAGACAAGUACAAGUUCAUUCAUAUGGUGAAAGAGGCGUAUUUUAUGAAACCUCGUGCAAAUUGUGGUUGAAGAAAUUAGACUUCACAAAACCUCUUUACCUUGGUGCAGGAUUGAUCCAUGAAGAAACUUAUUUGCUCAUGGGGGCAGUGGGCCGCGGCGAUGUGGCGUUGGCAAAGGCGCUAUAUAAACGAGGCAUCAAUCUGACCGGAUCUCACCCCUUUAUCAAUGGUGACAAACCCUCUACAUUGUCUUACGGUCCAAGGCAAAAUUGGUGUCAGCCAGCUAUCACCAUGCAUCAUCUUAUGCCUCAGGAGAUCUGCACGCAAGCGCUGCUCCUCGCAUUUCCACACCUCAUAUCCAAUUCUACUCGCAUUCACCCUCCUUUUUGCUGUGUGGUGUUGGGUUAUGUCGUUGUUGUUGCAUUUGUGGUGGGUAGAGCAUUGGAUUUGGUGCUUGGAUUUGUUGGUGACAGAGGUUAUGUGGCCAGUGUGUUUGAAGAGCCAUGA